AUAGUUAAAACAUACAGUCGGUUUUUGGUGGAGUAUUCCUUUAACAUCUGUAACACAGAAACAGCAACAUCUGGUGGAGACACAAUCAAAUGGCAGUUUUAUUUCAAUCAGCUCUCUACCUGUGACGCAGGUAAAUGAAACUGAAAGCAGACUGACAUUGUUGAACAGAUCGCAGACGCCAUUACAUUACAGAGUGAAAUCUCUACUGAAGAACACACACUCGGAGGACUGAACAGAGAAAGUUGAAGAGACUGUAAUUUGGUGAGUCUGCAACUUAAAAAAAUUUUAGAAAUCUGGCAAAAUGGCUGAAAGAGCUCUUUUUGAAGGUUACCUGAGUUGCCAUGUGUGUUCAGAGACUCUCAGAGAUCCUGUGUCUCUGACCUGCAACCACAGCUUCUGUUCAAGCUGUCUGCAAAAAUUCUGGGAACAAGCUAAAAACAAAAACUGUCCCAUUUGUAAAAGAAAAUCCUCAAAGGAUUAUCCAUCCAUCAAUCUUUCUCUCAAAGACCUGGCUGACUCCUUUGCUAAGAGGCAGAAUAAUGAUUCACCUGAGACGGAGAAAGAAAAGGAGAAAGAGGAAGUGCUGUGUCAUAAACAUCCAGAAGUCCCUUAUUGGUUCUGUGAGGAUGAACAGAGAGCUGUGUGUCCUGUCUGUGAUUUUCUUCUCCAUCACGGUCACAAGUUGGUUUCUAUAGAACAAGCAGUCAGUGACCUGAAGGACCAGCUGAAAUCUGACUUAAAGUCUCUACAGGACAAGAGGGACAAAUACGAAGAAGUGGAGAAAACAUACAAUGAAAUGGUUGAACACUCCAAGAAGCAGCUGUCGUCCACAGAGAAGCAGAUCAGAGCAGAGUUCAACAAGCUCCACCAGUUCCUGAAAGAGGAAGAGGAGUCCAGACUGGCAGCUCUGAGGGAGGAAGAGGAGCAGAAGGGGAAGACUAUCAGCAGAGAGAUGAAGAGGAUUCAGGAGCAGAUCUCCUCUCUGUCAGACAGCAUCUCUGCUGUUGAAGAAGACCUGCAGAAACACAACGUGUCAUUCCUCAGCAGUUAUAAACCCACUCAGACCAGAGCCAGAGACCAGUGCUCACUGUCAGAUCCACAGCUGGUCUCAGGAGCGCUGAUAGAUGUGGCCAAACACCUGGGCAACCUGUCCUUCAGAGUCUGGGAGAAGAUGAAGGAGAAGGUCCACUUCAGUCCUGUCAUUCUGGACCCAAACACUGCAAACCCCCGUCUCUAUCUGUCUGACGAUCUGACCAGUGUGAGAUGUGGAGACACAAAGCAGCAGCUCCCUGAUAAUCCAGAGAGAAACACUAAUUAUGCCAAUGUUCUGGGCUCUGAGGGCUUCAGCUCAGGGAAACACAGCUGGGAGGUGGAGGUGGGAGACCAUCCUGUCUGGAAUGUGGGUUUGGCUAAAGAGUCAGUUGACAGGAAGGGAAAGCGAUUUGCUUCACCAGAAUAUGGAAUCUGGUGUUUACUGCAUCGCAGUGGAAAAUACACUAAUGGUCUUGGUAAGACUGUCAGUGUGAAGAAGAGUCUCCAGAGGAUCAGAGUCCAACUGGACUAUGACAGGGGGGAGGUGUCUUUCUACGACCCUGAAGACAUGACUCACAUCUGCACUCACAGAGACACUUUCACUGAGAAACUCUUCCCUUAUUUUAACCUUGGAGAGGCUGGUGAUGCUAAAACCACUGAUAUCAAAAUCUGUUAAACUGAGAUUUCUCUGUGAUGUUCAGGAAGGUUUGUGAGAUGUGAUUUAUUUGAUUUGAGGAGGAUAAUUAGAUCUACAGAUUUAUUUUGUCACUAUCAGUUAGUGAUUUAUAGGUGAGAGUAAUGCAUUUAACAUUUACUUUUUAAUGGUUUAAUCAUCCAGGGUUUGUUUUUCUUUUAAAGUAAAAAAUAUUUUUUUCAAAGUGUAUUUAUAAUAAUACAUUCAGACGUUUUACAAAUGUUUUCUUUUUAAAAUAAAGGAAAAACUUUUUUUACUGUGAAGAAUGGACAGAACAGGGAAUCUUUACAUAAUAAUUCACCUGUUUAUUUACCAUGUGUGUCAUUAAUCACAGAUAUCUACUGAUUGUCAAAACUUUUCUAUAUGUUCAUUCAGUUUUAUCCAUGAAAACAAACUGAAACUUCUUCCUGAUUUUUGGUGCUUCAACUCAAGAAAAUUCUGCAGAAAUUAAUUUUAAAAAGUUUUUCAUUUCUUCUGCAAGGUUCAGUCUAAAUUACAGCAGCCCAAAAUUGAAGAAAAAAAAAAAAUUGAAGGUGUCCAUCAAAUAUUGAAACAAAGAUCAUGUAGAUCACAGCUUGGGCUGUACCUGAUGACAGUUUUUUUAUUAUCUAUUAAUUUGUUCGUGCUUUUAUUCAUUGAUCAAACAUUUAGUCAAUAAAAUAAAAUGAAAAUAUACAUCAAAUAUGAUCAAUCAUCAGUCCUAAUGAUAUGUAUUCAAAAAGAUUGAUUGUAAAGCCCUGACCCUCAUGUUGAUCUGUGGAUUUUAAAGGUUGUUAGUAGUGAUCACCUUUAUCUUUCUGUUUCAGUAUUUAUUUCUUAAUUCUUGAAUAUCUAUUAAGUUGGAGCUGCUGUUUGUUCCUUUGUGUUUAUGUUAAUCAUCACUUGUGAAACACAUCAGUACAUGUGAGCCUGUGCUGAAUGAAUGUCAGGAUUUACACUGAUUAACUGUGUCUUCAAUUUAUGAUUUAUUCAAAAAGUUGUAUGUUUUCUAUCAGGUGAACAAAUGUCUUGAUCAAACAAGAGUUAAAUGAUUUCCUGGGUUACUUCGGUCAAUAAAAAUCACAAUCAAAGCUG